AUGGUUGUUUUCACCAAAUUUCAUCAAAAAAAUGAUCAAGGUGGUCUUGAAUCACUAAAUAUCCCAUGUCCAUGUGAUAAAGAACAUCAAGGAGCUUAUGAUGACAUUGUAUCUUCAAUCAAUGAUGAUGUAUGGUAUCUUGAUCAUAAAAUUGGAACUGAGAAAAUCAAGAAUUACAUGAAGACAAUAUGUUUCAAUGCUGGUAUAAAUUUAAACAGAAGAAAAUGGGUGUGA